AUGUCAGGAUAUGAUCCCCGGCUUGCUCGAGAAUUGUCCGCUUAUUCCAAUGAGCUCCCUGCCGUAGAACUAUGUGUACAGGGAGCUUUAGUGGAAGGUUUCAAUGCCGUGGAGCCGCCUCAUCACGAUCUCGACGCUGAUAAUGCGCGGUAUAAAAAUACCUAUGAUAAACCUUUUGAAACGGCUCCUCUGCUCCCUGCAAGUACGCAAGAUGGACCAGCCAAGUGGGAACAAAACAUCUCUGCAGAGGGGGUUGGCUGUUGCAUUCCCGCUCCUGCAUCGCCACUACCUGCAAACUCCGAGAGCACCAGCAAUGUGCUGGAUGCUGACUCCAUACAGCCGGAAACUCGCAUGCAAAACAUACUAGCGGGAUUAAGAGACCUGAUACAAAUUUUAGACAUGUCCGGGGUGUUGGUAGCUGUGUCUCCUUGCUGCAAGGCAUUGAUAGGCUACGAACCAGAAGAUCUGAUAGGCAAUGUUUUAUUCGAACUUAUCCACCCAAAUGACCGCUCAAUGGUCAUCCAAGAAUUCGCCGAUUCAAUACACACAGGCAACCCAUUCAGGUGCUAUUACCGGUUCAAGAAGCGUGACGGAACCUAUCUCCUGCUGGAGGCCCAUGGCCACAUCGACUCCGCGACUGGCCUCGAGUUCUCAAUAAUUGCCCGCCCCUACCUAACCAAGCAAUCACAACUUCUCGACUCUUUUCUUGAGCACAAGCUUGAGAACGAGAGAUUGACCCGACGCAUCGCAGAGUUGAAUCGAGAAGGAGAAUUCCAGCUCCGUCACCAUGAAGACAAAAAACAUGAAGACGACCAACAAGCAACCUUCGCGGCUCCACAGGCUGUCUUCAAUUCAACAGCACCCUCCGAUUUCAUCCCUUCAGCCACGGUGGGAUUUCAAUUCGGACUUCCCGCCGUGCCAACCCCAAAUCAUCUCUUCACCGCAUCAAGCUCCAGCGGAUAUAAACCGUUAACGACACCCCUACCAGAAAAUAACAUUUCCAUUCCCUUUGGUUUUGAUGGUCGCACAUCUCUAGAUGACAUAGAGCUUAUAACUGGCCUGAAUUAUCUGGCUGGGGAACGAGCUCAGGGGAUAAGCACUGGUGACCCUGGCGGCACCCUUAUCCAAACCAACGUUCCUCCGGUUUCCAUGUUUGCCAACAGCAGAGAUGAUAGGGUAAGGAAAGCCAAUACCGAAAGGAGGCGGAGAAGUAAACCUGCCGAAACACAUUUCUGUACGGAUUGCGGGACUUUCUCUUCUCCUGAGUGGCGGAAGGGCCCGAGUGGGAAGAAAACACUAUGCAAUGCUUGCGGAUUGCGCUGGGCUAAGCAGGAAAGAAAGAACCAACAGACUAAUGUUUAA